GUCACAAUCAGCUGUCACUUUGGUCAACUUCCCUUCCCUCCCUCCCUCAAGAUCUUUCUCUUUCCGACAAAGUCAACCAUGGCGGCCGGGGUACUUUAUACUUAUCCGACAAACUUCCGUGCUUAUAAGGCGUUGAUCGCCGCACAGUACUCCGGGGUCGAUCUUAAAGUUGCACCAGGUUUCGUGUUUGGCGAGACAAAUAAAUCUGAUGAGUUCCUGAAAAAAUUCCCAGCGGGCAAAGUACCGGCUUAUGAAAGUGCUGAUGGAAAAGUUGUUCUCACAGAGAGCAAUGCCAUAGCUUAUUAUGUGGCCAAUGGUAGUCUGCGAGGUGAGGAUGCAGAGACACAGGCUCGCAUCUGGCAGUGGGCAUCGUGGGCCGACAGCGAACUGCUGCCUGCCUCCUGCGCCUGGGUCUUCCCCUACCUCGGCAUUAUGCAGUUCAACAAACAGAAUGUGGAGCGGAGGGUGGUAAGAAGGAGAAGAAGGCAGAGAAGAAGGAGCAACAGCCUAAGAAGAAGGCUGAGGCGGCAGAGCCCGCGGAGCUGCCGGAUGAACUCGACGAGAAACCCAAGGAGUCAAAGGACCCCUUCGACUCCAUGCCCAAAGGCACAUUCAACAUGGACGACUUCAAGCGCUGCUACUCCAACGAGGACGAGGCCAAGUCCAUCCCCUACUUCUGGGAGAAGUUCGAUCCCGAGCACUACUCCAUCUGGUACGCCGAGUACAAGUACCCCGAGGAGCUGGCCAAGGUCUUCAUGAGCUGCAACCUCAUCAC